AUGGCUGCGGCGGGCGGCGCGCUGGCGGCGCUGCGAGUUGCGGAGGUACUGGACGCCCUGGUGAGCGGCUGUGUGGGGCCCGAGGGCCGCCAGAUCCUGUGCGUGAAGCCCACCGGCGAGGUCUUGCUGAGUCGGCAGGGGGGACGCCUUGUUGAGGCGCUGCACUUAGAGCAUCCCCUAGCCAGGAUGAUAGUGGCAUGUGUUUCCAGUCAUGUAAGAAAAACAGGAGAUGGUGCUAAAACAUUUAUUAUCCUCCUCUGCAGUUUACUCAGAGAAAUAAAUGCAGUUACAGACAAAGACAAGGAUGUGUUGACUCCUCAAAAUAUUCAGACCCACGGAAGGUAUUGGAGAAAUUGCUGCCAGUGGAAAUUUAUUUCCCAAGCUCUUCUAAAGUUUCAGACAACAACAUUAGACUACGUUGUGGAUCAGUUCCUAAGUAAACACUUUUUGUCUGUCUGUUCGCCCAGUAAAGACAGAACUCUGUGUCGGCUCUCCUUGCCAUUGCUUUUAGAAGCCUACUUUUGUGGGAAAGUGGGGAGAAACUACCACAAUUUUAUUUCACAGUUGAUGAGUGACUAUGUUUUCAAGUGUAUGGCAUGUGAAAGUGAGUCUGAAGAAAUGUUUGCGUUAGUGGAUGACUGCUUCGCCGAGCUGAUCGUUGGGGCACAGGGCCUGCCCGUUUCUGAUUCCAAGAUCCUAGAGGGGCUGGUGCUGCAUCGAGACUUCUCUGUGUACUGCCCAGUAAAGGAUGACCUGAGGAUGGUGAUGAUUACAGUAACCAUUCAGCCUCCUGUGUCUGUUUCUGGCUCAGAGUUGGUUGUGAAUUCAGAAGCUCAAUUUCAGACUUCUCAGCUUUGGGUUAUGCAGAGGACAAAGGCAAUAAUGGAACAUUUACAGAGUCAGAAUGUAAAACUGAUCUUGUCUAGUGUGAAACAGUCAGACUCAGUUAUUUAUUAUGCAGGACUAAGUGGCAUUUCUGUGGUAGAGUGUUUAUCACCUGAAGAUAUUUCUCUCAUCCAAAGGAUCACAGGUCUUACUCCCUUUGACCCAUCCCAGGCCUCCUUACAGUGUGAUGUUGCUCACACUGCUCUGGUGAAAUUUUGCAAGUCAUUGAUCUUCGGAUCCAAAAGGUACAUUCAUCUUGGCUUGAUCAGCACCUGUUCAUUUCUCCCACACACUCUAGUUCUUUGUGGACCAGUGUCAGGUAUUGUUGAGCAACAUAAGGAUGCAUUACAUGGUGCGUUUAAGAUGCUUCAGCAAUUAUUUAAAGAACUUUAUCUAAGUUAUGUGACACAGACCAGUGACCAAAAUUGUGUAUCAAGUUCUUUUAUUUAUAAAGAUAGUAGCAAAAUCAGUAAACAAUCAGCAAUUGCUGAUGACUCCAUACAAACACCAGUUGAUGAUAUUGCCAUAAGUAACAUGGAAAAACUGACAAAAACUCAAGCAUGCUUAGAAAUAAAUCCAAAUUUGAUAGUUCCAGAGGUAGAAUUAGAAACAGUUAAUCCAUGUUCACCAUCAAAACUUACAUCAACAGACUCCUAUCAGACUAAUGAAACACUACAGUAUUCAUCUCUAAACAAAACCAAGAUUAACAAGCUAGAGAUACUUACUGAAAGUCAUACUCUUGCUUGUUCAACAAUAGAAAGCAUAAGAGGUGAAAUUUCAUCCGAAGACUUACAGGCCAGAAAAGUUGCUGAAAAAGAGAGCAUGCUCCCCACUUCAUUUCCAGUGCAAUCCCAGUCACCAAAGAUGUGGUCUCCCCAGAAUUAUACUUUCUCAUCUAUACCGGCAGGUUGUGUUUUGCCAGUGGGUGGUACUUUUGAGCUCUUGUUGCAUUACUAUCUUCUCAACUAUGCCAAAAACUGCCAGCAGCCAGGAGAAGCCAUGGUUGUUCGUAUAAUAGCUAAUGCACUUUUAGACAUUCCCAGAAUUCUGUAUAAGUCUCAGAAAGGAAAUCGCAGUUUUCUACAAAUUUACAUAAAAACUCUUUAUGCACUGCAAGUUGGACAACCAGUGGUUAGCAGCCAGACAUGUCUGGAAUCAGUGGCAGGUAAAUACCAACUAAUAAAUUCAGUUCUUCAGUGUUUAACAAAAAUUUUAACUGUUGAUUUGGUGAUUAAUAUUAAAAGACAGCCUCGCAAAAUCUGUGAUCAAGAUUCAGAAGAUGAAUUAUGAAACUGGAGUUUCCAUUAAGCAAAGUUUUCCAAUUUAAGCCAUAAAUCAAAGCAGGUAUGUCCACUUACUCUAGUUGAUUCAGUCUGUAUAGAAAACCAGCAUAAUUUUUUUUAAAAGUCACCUAUUAACUUUGUCCUUCACACCAUCCCCUUUGUAUUUCAAUGUACAAUCAUAGAAUCAUCUGACUUGGAUCUUCAAUGCCAAUCUAUGUAAUUAUUUAUAAUUAAUGCAUUUCUUUCAUUUAAAAUACCUU